AAAUCUUAUUGAAAAUGAUGUUACUCAUUUAUUCAUCUUGUUAAUGAUCGUAAUUAACUUAAAUUGUUGUAAUUAUUUAUUCUUGUUGUUGUUGUUCUUCUUCUUUAACCUAUCAACUAUCUUAAAGAUCUAAUCUUGAUGUUACACCAUGAAUAAUGUUCCAAAAGGGGUAUCACGUCGAUCGAAAUCUGAGAAAAGCAGAAAAUUUGAUUCUCAAAAAUUGAUUUACUCUGAAGAAGGUGAUUCAGAUUCUAAAUUAAUGAAUUUUAAUUCUCCACUUACCGGUGAUUAUGGGUCAAUAUUUAUUCUAUUGGUUUUAUAUAUUCUACAAGGGAUACCAUUGGGUCUAUCGGGAAGUAUACCUUUAAUUUUACAAAAUUACAAAGUCAGUUAUUCACAACAAGCCGUUUUCAGCCUUUGUACUUGGCCUUUCAGCUUGAAAUUACUUUGGGCACCAUUGGUUGAUUCGGUUUAUAGUCGUAAAUUUGGUCGACGUAAAUCUUGGCUUAUUCCAAUACAAUAUCUUAUUGGAUUAACUUUAUUUCUACUCUCGUACAAAAUAAGUGAUCUUCUUGGUCCAUUACCGAAAGAUGCUACAAACAAUCAGCCUGGUCAACCACCAGUGGAAUCAUCAGAAGCAAUUAUUUCAUCUCCUUCUGUUUAUGUUCUUGCUGGUGUUUUCUUUUUUCUCAAUUUUCUCUGUGCAACUCAAGAUAUCGCUGUCGAUGGUUGGGCUUUAACAAUGUUAUCAAAGCGAAAUAUUGUCUAUGGGUCAACUUGUAAUACUGUUGGUCAAACAGUUGGAUUUUCCCUUGGGUAUCUUGUUUUUCUUGCUCUUGAAUCUCCGGAAGUUUGUAACAAAUAUUUAAGAUCGAUUCCAUCAGAUACUGGAAUGAUAACUUUACCAGGUUUUCUCUAUUUUUGGUCAAUUGUUUUUCUAAUUACAACAAGUCUUGUUUGGAUAUUUAAACGAGAAAAACCCGAGAAAACCAAUCAAUCAGCGGAAGAGGAAACAAUUCUAGGAACUUAUCUUAUGCUGAUUAAAAUAUUAAAACUUAAAAGUAUCCAAUCAUUUGCGAUUAUCCUGCUUACCUGUAAAGUAGCAUUUGCUAUAACCGAUUCAGGGACACCCUUGAAACUCACCGAAGCCGGAAUAUCAAAGGAAACAUUGGCCUUUCUCAGUGUACCCUUAAUACCAAUGCAGAUAAUUUUACCUUGGUACCUGAGUAAAUAUACCAAAGGUCCAAAACCUUUGAAUAUAUUUAUCAAAGCAUAUCCGUACAGGGUUAUCUGUGGUGUUUUAAGCGCUCUAUUAUUGGUUUGGACUAAACAAGUUCACGAUCCGGUUACUAAAUCAUUCCCUAGCUAUUACUACAUAAUUGUUUUAAUUUCUUCAACUUUCCACCAAAUUACAAUCUAUUGUAUUUACGUUGCACUUUUGUCUUUCCAUGCACGAGUUAGUGAUCCAACUAUCGGUGGCACUUAUAUGACACUUCUCAACACGAUCACCAAUCUUGGUGGCAAUUGGCCUUCAUUCACUAGUCUAUGGUUACUCGAUUACUCUACAUUUAAACAUUGUUCCAUCGAUGGAUUCUCAUGUAACACCAAAGAGACUUUGGCCACAUGCACUGCAGCGGGUGGACAGUGUAACACCACGAUCGAUGGUUAUUACGUUGAGGUUAUCGUUUUAACCUUUAUCGGAUUCUUAUGGUUAAAAUGGGCAAGGAAAAGAAUCGAGAAAAUUGAAUCUCUACCUGCAGCUAAUUGGAGAUGCUCUUAACUUUAAAGAGAGAAUUAAUUAAACCCAAACAGAUGAUUAAACAUAAAAUCAUCAAAACUUGAAUGAGUCAAUAACUCCAAACAAUCAGACUAAUUAACAUCCAUUAUCUGAACAUUCAAAAAUUUGGAAUCAACUGUACGAUUGCUUGGUCUCUUCAACGAAAGUGCAAUCUAUUAACUCAUUUUAAACAUUGUAAAUUAUUCAAAUUUCAUCCCACUGAUCAAAUUCACAGUUAAUUGCACUUCAAUUAUUAAUAUAUAAAUGGAGAAGAAAAUAUUUUACACUGAUUGUCUCUAAAUUGUAACAAUCUCUCUAAAUUAUAUUUACCGAUUUAACCAUUUGAUCAUGAUGAAAAUGACAAAGAUGAUCAUUGAGAUUAAACAAAAAAGUAAAUGAUUAAAAAAUGAUCCAAAAGUUUGACAAUUUAA